AUGGAUGCAGUGCGGGAUGACAAUGAAGGUGAGAUGAGUCCGACGAGCAGUACUGAUGGGGUUUUUUUACCUGCAGUUUAUUCCAGUGUGGUUAUUCCACGAUCAUGCAGCAAGAAAUGGGGCGAAUCCAGGACCGACUGGGUGGCUAACGGUACCUACGUGCCGCUACGUGACCGCAUUAAGAAGCGAAUCGCUAAUGGCAUACCAUUCUUUUCACUUGAAUUUUUUCCGCCGAAGACAACAAACAGUGUUGCCAAUUUUUUCGCACGUCUUGACCGUUUUCGUGAAGGAAAUCCAAUGUUUGUUGACAUAGCGUGGCAUUUCGGAUCCGAUCCUGGUAACAUAAGCAGUGAAACAUCAUCAUCCUCAGUGGCAGCAGGAUGUUUAGAUUAUUGUGGCAUGGAUACAAUGCUGCAUAUUACCUGCUGUCCGUAUACAAAAGAACAAUCAAUAAGGCAUUUAGAACAGAGUAAAGCAUUGGGAUUGAAAAAUAUUUUGGCCCUUCGUGGUGAUCUUCCCCGACAGGAUGAAAAUCCAGUUUUGUAUAAAUACCGAGCCUUAGACCUCAUCCGAUGGAUAAAAGAGGAAUAUAAUGAUUACUUCACCAUAGCAUGUGCCGGCUAUCCCGCAGGACAUCCUGAAGCUCCGAGUUAUCGAGCUGACCUUUUGUAUUUGAAAGCGAAAGUAGAUGCAGGAGCAGAUUUUAUUAUUUCUCAAAUAAUUUUCGAUGGAGAAGUUUUCAAAAAUUUUUUGCGUGAUUGUCGCGAAAUUGGUAUCACUGUACCAAUCAUCCCUGGAAUCUUACCGAUUCAGAGUUAUGAAAGUAUACGUCGUAUCGCAGAAUUGUCACAACUAGUUAUACCUGACUCUAUCCUUACUAGUUUGGAACCAAUUAAAAAUGAUGACGAUGCUGUACGUAAUUUUGGCAUCUGGCAUGCUGUGACUUUAUGUCGAACACUUUUUUCAAAUGGUAGUGCUACAUCUGUACAUCUGUUUACAUUGAAUCGAGAAGCUUCUUCAAGGGAAAUUUUACAACAAUUGGGGCUUUGGCCACGUUCACCUAUGCGUGCCUUGCCUUGGCGUUUAUUUGGUGAAAGCCAUCCUGUUCGUUGCAAGGAAGAUGUACGACCCAUUUUUUGGUCAAUGCGACCGAAAUCCUAUGUUUUUAGAACCCGUGAAUGGGACGAAUUUCCAAAUGGUCGUUGGGGUAAUAGCAGUUCGCCAGCGUUCAAUGAUCUCAAAGAUUACUACUUAUUCUAUUUGAAAGGACAACCAACCAGAGAUGAACAACUUCGAAUGUAUGGUGAACGUUUAGAAACGCUUGCUGACAUACAAAAAGUAUUUGUCAAUUUUAUCACACAAAAUAUCAAUGAAAAUGGUGUGAAAGUAAGUCAACUGCCUUGGAAUGAGCAACACGAUGGUAUACGGGCUGAAACAUCACUUAUAAAGGAUCAGUUACUAUGGUGCAAUUCAAAUGGAUUUUUGACAAUCAAUAGUCAGCCAUCCAUUAAUGGAGCCCCUAGUACGGAUCCGUUUGUUGGCUGGGGCAAACCUGGUGGCUACUGUUAUCAAAAGGCUUAUCUCGAAUUCUUCACAUCACAAGCAAAUGCUGAAGUUCUAUGGAGUCUUUUGCCAUCUUAUUCGCGUCUUAACUGUCACAUUGUCAAUCAUGAUGCAACAAUUGACUGGACAAAUACUGAAACCACCAUGCCAAUUGCUGUUACCUGGGGCGUGUUUCCAGGUUCUGAAAUUGCACAGCCGACGGUAGUUGAUCCGCUUUCAUUUCGUGUUUGGAAGGAUGAGGCCUUUAGCGCCUGGUUAAACUGGUCAUCCAUAUAUGCUGAAGGAACAUCAAGUCGUUGUUUACUAGAAAAAAUUUAUAAUGAAUAUUGUCUGGUGACUUUAGUAGAUAAUGACUAUCCGAAAUCAACUAUUAUCUUUGAUUGUUUGGCUCAACUUGUUAAUCGUUAG